AUGGAGGGAGAGAUCACGUCAUCUUUCAACAAAACCAAAGAAAUAAACAGGACUUAUGUAAUCUCUGCACUCACAAAAUGUGAAGAAAACACAUUAAAAACACCAUCCUCUCAUGGCAGACUCACCCUUCAGAGGAAACACAGCAGUAGAAAUACUGCAAGCAACUAUGAAGGAACCAAACAGGAGAACACCGAGAACCAAAGCACAGAUAAACGCCUGACCCUCCAGCGCCGGACCAGAACAGGGUCCAUGAACAGAACCAAAGUACUGUCUGAACCCAAUCCAUCACCAUGUGUCUCUGCUGAGGUCAGGAGUUCAGCAAAGGAGAUCCACAAAACCAUCAACACACCUGGAAUAACACCACGGGGUGCUCAGAAAUCAGGUUCUGAGAAAGAAGAUGCCACCCAAUAUGGAGGUAAAACAGUAUCAACACCUACAAGAAAAACCCAGUUUGAGAAAUUGAGUGUCAAGAGAGAUGUCUUUGAGAGGUUAGCUGGAAGGGAUGCACCAAGACCAGCACCCAUAAAGCACAAAGGUGCUGGAAGACACAACCCACCACAGGGGAGAACAGAAUCUGGAAGGUCAGCAUGUGGAACAGCCGCUGAGAAGGUGCAGAUUGGUGGUUUAAAUAGGCACAUGACACCCACAUCACAUUCCGCACAGGUGAGGAGACCUGCAACCCUAAUGAGCGCCACACCUCAUGGAGGAACGAGUGUUUCUAGGCCCACUGCAGGACAAACUUAUGUUCCUGUGGAAGCUGCAAGCAGAUCAAGUGCUGUACAACUUAAAGAACUGAAGAUGGAGAAUAGUGCGGUCACUGUUGCAGUUCGAGUGCGACCUUUCAGUUCAAGGGAGCAGAAUGAGAAAGCCCGUCAGGUGAUCUUCAUGGACAACCAUGAAACUCUAGUGCAGCAUCCAGACACUAAACAAAACUACACGUUUACCUUUGAUUUCUCCUUUUGCUCUAUUGAUGAUUCGGAUGCAAGUUUUGCCAGUCAGCAGGGGGUUUAUGAAAAACUGGCUCGGCCCUUGCUUGAAAGGUCGUUUGAAGGAUUUAACACGUGUCUGUUUGCCUAUGGACAAACGGGUUCUGGAAAGUCCUACACUAUGAUGGGCUUUGGUGAAGAGGCUGGUGUUAUACCCAGAUUCUGCAAUGAACUUUUCUCCAGAUUGUCCGGGUCCAAGAUCAAAGAGGUCUCUUGCCAUCUGGAGAUGAGCUAUUUUGAGGUGUACAAUGAGAAAAUCCAUGAUUUGCUAGUGGCAAAGGAUGAACAGAAUCAAAAGAAAAUGCCUCUCCGUGUCAGAGAACAUCCUGUCUAUGGACCGUAUGUAGCAGAUCUGUCUACGAAUGUGGUCACCUGCUAUGCAGAUAUUCAGACUUGGCUUGAACUCGGUAACAAACAGAGAGCCACAGCUGCCACUGGCCUGAAUGAUAAAAGCUCAAGAUCCCAUUCUGUUUUCACUCUGGUCAUGACGCAAACUAAAACAGAGUUUGUGGAGGAAGAGGAACAUGAUCACUGCAUCACCAGCCGGAUAAACCUGGUGGAUUUGGCAGGAAGUGAGCGUUGCACCUCAGCCCAGACCAGUGGUGACCGCCUCAGGGAAGGAGCAAGCAUCAACAAGUCUCUGUUCACGCUGGGAAAGGUGAUCUCUUCACUUUCAGAACAGUCUCAGAGCAGAAAGAAAGUCUUCACUCCUUAUAGAGAGUCUGUGCUUACAUGGUUACUAAAGGAGAGUCUUGGUGGCAACUCCAAGACAGCCAUGAUCGCCACACUAAGCCCUGCAUCCAGUAACAUGGAUGAGAGUCUGAGCACUCUGCGUUACGCCCAGCAGGCCCGAAUGAUCAUUAACACAGCAAAAGUCAAUGAGGACACCAAUGCCAAACUUAUCCGAGAGCUGAAAGCAGAGGUAGAGAAGCUCCGUGCAGCUCAGAUGAGUUCUCAAGGCAUUGCUCCGGAGAAAAUGAGACUGUUUCAGCAAGAGAUUGCAUCCCUUAGGACUAAACUCUGUCAACAGGAGCGGGAAAUGGUCGAGGCUCACAGAACUUGGAAGGAAAAAUUGGAAGAGGCAGAGAGAAGGAAACGUGAGGAAACCAAAGAGCUGCAGCAUGCCGGUGUCACCUUUAAGGUGGAUAAUCAGCUGCCUAACCUUGUGAACCUGAAUGAGGAUCCGCAGCUGUCAGAGAUACUGCUGUACAUGAUUAAAGAGGGUGACACCAAGGUCGGCAAGCUCAAGUCUGAGUCGGCCCAUGACAUCCAUCUCUCUGGUGCGCUUAUUGCAGAUGAACACUGUGUCAUCUCCAAUGUAAAAGGUACCGUCAGCAUUAAACCGAUGCAGAAUGCCAAGACCUUUCUGAAUGGAAAUCUUGUGUCUAAAUGCACUGUUCUCCAACAUGGAGACCGUGUGAUUCUUGGAGGAGAUCAUUACUUUCGUUUCAACCACCCUGCUGAGGUUCAGAGCGGGAAGCGUGCAUCUUGUUGGAACGGUGGAGAUGGUCAAAAGAAUUUUGAGUUUGCCAAAAACGAGCUGCUGUCUGCCCAGAGAGCUCAACUUGAAGAAGAAAUCGAGAAGGCACGAUUGAAGGCCAAAGAGGAGAUGAUGCAGGGGAUUCAGGUGGCAAAGGAUAUGGCACAGAAAGAGUUGAGCGAGCAGAAAAUUCAGUAUGAGAACAAGAUCAAAGCUCUGGAGAGCGAGCUGGCGGAGGAGAGUGAAAUGAAAAGAAAACAGGAGCUGGAUAAACUAAGGGUUGUCAGCCAGAUAGAGCAACUUCAGACAGCAAAGACUGUACUGGAACAGGAAGUAAACACCCAUAAGAAGCGCCUGCAGCUCGAGGCCUGUGCCACUAGACAGGCCUUGGCUGAUCAUGAUAUCCGGCAUGCUAAAAUUGUAGAAGCCCUUGAGGCAGAAAAGAGGAAGAUUGCUGAAGAUCUUGCUCAGUUUGAGAGGAAACGUGCUCCCAAGGUGAACCAGACCCCUAAAACAGCCUAUCCACAGUGGGAUGCCAUGAAGCUCUCUUUGAUGAUGGAAGAAGCAAACAAAAUCAGUGCCAACCUCCGGAAACACACUGUCUUCAGCAGACAUGAGGCGACUGAUAAAGAAAACGGUGGCAGAGAUUCUGAGCUGCAAGUCCAAGUUCAGAACACCAAACUGGGGAUUUCCACAUUCUGGAGUCUGGAGAAGUUUCAGAGCAACUUGGCUGCCAUGAGGGAGAUCGAGCAGGGGGAGACCGCCUCUAAAGAUGACAACGUGUUUUACGACCCUAAUGAUGAGUGGGAAGCAGACCUAUCUGCCUCCUCUUCAACAUCCUCAUUCUCUCGUAGAAGGAGUAGGAGUUUGCUAAAGAGUAGGAGGAUAUCUGGGCGUCUCUAUGAGAUCAGAGUGCACCCCAUUCAGAGCUUACUUUGUGGUCCUUCACAGUCUACUGGGCUGAUGGGUAAAAGCAAACCCCCCUCCCUGCACUCUAGCACCUCGGACUCUGCCCUCCCGGCCAUCUGCAAAGAUCUGAUUGGUGCUGCCAUUGCUCGCCUAUGCUCCUACCAAUCGCUGGAGGAGCACGAAAGCUUGCCCAACAAACUGACCCUAGACCUGCUCGCCAUUCACACAGCCGUGAGGUCCAUCGCAGACCUUUACGAGCACCUUGACGAUGACAGUCAGGAAAACUUGUUUGCCUGCAGCACUGAAGCCCAGACUCAUCUGGUGAAGGCCACCUCUGCUGUUGAAAGGGCUGUGUUCAUUACUAUGCACUGGGUCUCCAGCAUUAAGCCCUGUUCUAACGCAGUGUCUCAAAAAUUUGAGGAGCUCAAGACAGAGGUCAAGAAAAUCGGUGGCUACCUUCAAUUGCUCAUUCAGGGCUGUGACUCCGAAAUCUCCUCCAUGGUAACAGAGGCCCAGAGGAAGGUUGCCAAGUGUCUGAACGCAGCUCUCAACACCAUUGGUUUGCUGGCAGGAGUGAAUGGGGCUGAUCUUCAUUUGACUGAACUUGGUACAGAGAUCAUAAGCAAUAGGUUGGUUGUGGGUUCUUUGCAAGAUGGGUUGCAUCAAAGUGUGACUGCUUUACUCAACAUGGGUCUGUCCAUCACUAAAGAGAUGCUACGAGAUGCACAGAUGGCUCAGCCUAGAACACAGGUGUUACAGAGCCUGAAAAGCAAACUGAUGGAGGUUGCCUGUGCUCUGCAAAGCUACAUCCAUUGCAGUUUGUCGGAGAGGUCAGGGUCCAUUGAAAACUGUACAGAGUACUUUGAAAGCUCUGACAUGUGUGGAAUUCAGAACACAGCCAAUAAACUCCUUAAGUUGAACCAGGCGAUCACAGAUCUCCACUCCUCUUUGUCAUGCUCUCUGAAGGGGAGGGGCAGCGACUUUGACCACGGUUCUUUCAGACAAGCAGUACAGACUUCGUCCAAGACGAUUGACGAUGUCAUCAACGGUCUUCCACGGAAACUGGGAGCCCAACGUGCCGACAGUCUUCAGCUUCCGUGUGUGAGGAGUGUUAUGGCAGCCAGAGAUGAAGUGCAUUCAGCACUGAAUGCUUUGACGGAGAUGUUCGAUAAAAGCACAGACAGAAUGCUGGACGAAGAUGGCUGCUUUGCCAAAGCAGAUCUGCAAGAACCUGGUUAUGGCAACAGGAGCCGAACCAUCCCUAAAGUUGUGUAUUCUCUUUCCUCAGGCAUUAGCAUGUGUUCCAGAAACGCCCGCUGGGUUUGAUUCCGGUGUCUUCAAAUUGAAUGUCGUAAUUGGGGGUUGUAGUCAUGUUUAUAACCUCAUUGUGUGUUCUGGACACCACCGCAGUUAACUUAUGUAUUUACAAUUACAUUUCAAGCCUUCAGUAUUUUUUCUAUGGUGCUGUAGAGCACUAUCUGAACAUAUGUUGUAUGACCUGUAGAUUUAAUUGUAGUUGGGUAUUUUAAUGAAGGGCUUAUUUGUAUGACAUGUGAGGGUGGGUAUCUAUACUUUGGAAAUGGCCAAGCAUAUUUUUGUAUGAUGGUAAAGAAAGUUUGCUAGUUGGGUCAUUUAUUUCCAAAUUGCUUAAAACUCACUCAUAAAAUACUUUCUCAUUGAAUAUAUUUUUUUGCACUUGAAACCUUUGCACAGGCAUAUCACAUUUUCCUAACCAUGGGAAUGUGAUUUUUGCCAGCUGUAGCAUUAUUUACUCUGGAUCAUGUAACUGUUUGACCAUAAUUUAUACAAUCAGUAAU